UGGAAGAAAAUUUAUAUUGAUACCAAAUAUUUAAAUUUUAAUCAAAUAAUUAAUAAUAUUAAUAAUAUAAGGAAUAGAAUUUUUCGUUAAUAAUAUAAAAUUAAUUUAGAUUUUAAAAUUAAACGUCAUUGAGUGAAAUAUGAAACAUAACCAAGAAACAAAUAUUUGAAUUUAUUUCUAUUAAGAAGAAGAAUAAAACAUUUAAAUGAAUACAGUUUACAAGUUCGUAUAUAUUAAGUGAAAUGAAUAUUUUGAUAUAUUCCAAAUUUAUAAAGGAAUGGCAGAAAAGGAGGCAAAGAUUGAAUACGUGACAGAACCUUGCCCUAUUAAACCUCGUAAAAUAGGUCCACAGAAUAUAAUAUUACGUUUAAAGCGUCGAGAAACAUUUGGUUGUCCUUAUCCAGGGACACAUGUACAUUGUGCUAGACAAUUUUAUCAAAAUGUAUUUCCAAAUUUCACUGUUAUGAAUGUGGAGAAACCUCCAUGUUUUCUUAGAAAAUUUAGUCCUGAUGGUCAUUAUUUAAUAGCAUUUAGUUCUGAUCAAACUUCUAUAGAAGUUUAUGAAUAUCGUGGUGCAUCUGCAGCUGCUGAUUUAUUAGCAAAUUCAGAAGGUGAAUAUAUUGGUCAUAAGAAUGAUGAAUGCAGUUUCCAAAUUAGAAGAAACAUUUUUAAUAGAUUUUUUAAGGCUAAAUGGAUUGUUAAUGUGGUUCAAAGUAAUGAACAAUUGAAUAGAGAAUGUAGUUUAUUUACAGAUGAUGGUCGGUAUGUAAUUGUUGGUUCAGCUGCUCAUAUUCCAGAUGAAUUGAGACCACAUUUUUAUCAAAUUUAUUCUAACAAUGAAGCACUGACUCCAAAUCCUAGAUCACCACUUGAAGAUUACAGUUUACAUCUUGUCGAUUUACAUGGAGGAAAAUUAUGUGAUACUAGACAUUUUAAAGUAGAUAAAAUAUAUUUAUCUCAUAAUCAAGGUCUCUAUCUUUAUAAAGAUAUAUUGGCAGUAUUAUCAGUACAGCAUCAAACCAUUCAUAUAUUUCAAAUUCUUGAUGGAAUGUUUAUCAAUGUUAGAACAAUAGGAAGAUUUUGUUUAGAAGAUGAUGCUUAUUUGGUUAGAAGUGCAUGUCCUGGAGUAAACUGUCGCCCAUUUAGAGAUGUUACAAUAAACUGUCUCAAACAUAAAUUGUUAGUUUAUUUAUAUAAAAGAGCAGCAUAUAUUAGUGAUACAACAAAGGAUCCAUAUGAAUUAAGACGUUUUUAUCAAUAUUUUGACCAAUUAAAUGCAUUACGAAUGUGGAAAAUGCAAUUAUUAGAUACAAAUCAUAUUCUUGUAAGAUUUGCAAGUGAAGAAGUAGCAACUCUUCAAGCAAAUGAACCUAAUGUACAACCUGCACUUUUAGUAGUCUAUGAUAUGGUUACUGCCAAAAUAUUAGCUGCAUAUGAUAACACAUCUACCCAAUUAUUAACACAAUUUGAAAAUUUCAGUGAUUUCUUUAGGAAUGCUAGAAUGAAUGGCGAUUGUCAAUAUAUGUGUUCUCCAUCUAACAAUAUAUAUGCAAGAUUGUUACAACAGAGAUUUAAACAAACAAUAAUAAGUGCCAGAUAUGGUGGUGUUACUGAAGCUACAAAAAGAUUACUUGCUCAAUUGCCAAUAUGCGCUCAAUCUUAUUCUAGUUCCCCAUAUCUGGAUUUGUCUUUAUUUUGUUAUGAUGAUAAAUGGGUAUCUAUGAUGGAGCGUCCUAAAGCUUGCGGCGAGCAUCCUAUACGGUUUUAUGCUCGUGAUUCUGGUCUUCUAAAAUUUCGAAUGUAUGCGGGAAUGUUAGGUCGUACCACACCUACAGCUGCAAGACGUUUAGUUGCAUUUACCUUUCAUCCAACAGAUCCAUUUGCUAUUUCUGUUCAACGAACGAAUGCUGAGUACAUCGUCAGUUUUCAUGUUAGACAUGUUUAAAUUUUCAUUAAAAAUGUUUUAAUAUAUUAUUUUACAUUUUUCCAUGAUUACGAUCUCAUUGUACAGUUUUAAUAAUAAUUAUUGAUAAUUUUUGGACUAAAUCAUAUUUUUAAAAAAAAAUUGA